GGGGAGGUUAACAUAUAUUAAAUCUUUGCAUCAGCUGCAAAAUUGAUACUGCUCGUGGCUUCAUCAAGGAUCACAACUGCGCUGCUGCGUAGAAGGCCCGUCCGUAGAGUCCUAUCGUGCUAACUAACGUGCUGCGAAUGCACGUCCAUAAACGUGGUUGCCUACCUCGCAGGCUGUUUUGUUCCAUUCUAAACGUCUGCUUGGACUGGUUCAUAUCUUCACCCACUUUCUUCUACUAUCAUCCGAGUCAUGUCUACCUUAGCAGAUGCGAUAGCGAUGGCUCUGUCUCGGACGUCCGAGUCUGGACAGUCAUACCAGCCUGCUAUUGUAGCGUUCUUCAACCUAGCAAAUACACUUAUAAAGAGUUUUGUGAAUACCACUUCAGAUCCAGCUGACGGUCUUUGUGAGUAUUGUCUCGCACGCCCCAAACAUCGUGACGGCGACGUCGUCCAUCCUUUUUGUGAAAAGGAAUGCGCCGCUCAAGACUAUGUUUGUGUUCAGCCCACAGAACAGGCUCCAAAUCAAAGUAGUGGUAACCAGACAGGCGAAACCUGUGAUUUCUGCCAUAGUCGGCCCAAGUACUCCAGCGGAAAGACGACACACCCUUUCUGCUCAAGAACAUGCGCAAAAAAUGCAAAGAAAUGUGCUAAAUCUGAGCCUCAGGAGAACGGCUCGCCUCUAAGCGAUGUCUGCCUUUUGUGUCGAACUGCUCCCAAGCAAAUUGAGAGUCACUUUUGUGGGAAAGCCUGUGCGGAUGAAGCAGAGAAAAAGGCACCCAUGGUUCUGAAAGUACCGGAAGAUCAUGUCACCUUUGCGAGCGUCGCUAAUCAGUUCACUGCCUCUUGGAGACAUAGCUCGAAGACAUGUCCCAAAGUAAGGGUAAUCUACAAAGUCAUCAGUCCUGCAUCUUCCAUUGCAACUUACGAUGAAUACCGUGCACGUGUCGAGGAGCGAGGUAACUUUGUAGCUGCAGGAAGAACUGCCGGAAAUGAAUGUCGUCGUUGGCAUGGAUGCCAGCGCGAAUGUAAACUUGGAAAUCCUGGAAAGACAAAACUUUGUUCAUCUUCAACAUGCUCUUUGUGCUGCAUCCUUCGCACCUCUUUUGAUAUAUCAUGUUUUGGCAAAACUACAGGUUGGGGCAGAUUUGGAAAGGGUAUCUACACCUCAUCUACUUCUUCGAAGUCCGCCAGUUAUGUCAAGACCAGUUCAUCUUCAAAGUUCAAGCCCAUGCUUUUGAACAAAGUCGUCGUAGCAGAGGCUGCAAGCUAAGUUCC